UGCAGGCCCGCCUGCACGACCACAGCCUGCUAGUCUCCUAUAACCUCCCAGUGCUUGCCCAGGUUCCUCCACAAGCCACUGCACCCGUCCACGACGACAUCCCCCCACAUCCACCAUGGCGACCCAGAGACCCCAGACCCCCCAACUGCUCUACAAUUCUGUGCCCCAACCCAACGACCCUUCCCACCUUAGUAGGGGCUAUGGUGGUGACACUCACUUAGACGUCGACGCGAACGACUUUGCAACCACACCUGCCAAUCCCCCAGACUCGUCCCCCCUCUCGCAGUCUCUCCAACCUCAGCAACACCAGCGCUUAGGCAGAUUCGAGGAGGAAUUUGAUGCGCGCACCCGGGGAUCUUCGAUCCUCAUGGACGGGGACCUUCCCCAGCGAUCGGCUUCGCGAGCGUCCACACUGAACCAAGGGGCCGCACCCUCACGAAGUGGAACCCUCAAAAAGAAAUCAUCGGUUCGUAGGAGUGGAAGCCUGAAGCGUAGCGGAAGUAGGAGAAGCGUACAUGCAGGUAGCAUUCGUGGCGUGAGUAUCGAGGACGAGGACCGCGAGUCUAGUAGGCACAACAGCGUCUUCUACACGCCCGUUCCCACGUCCGGCUCACCCACCGAAAUUCUAGCCAACCGCUUUCAAGCUUGGCGAAAAUUGCUGAAGGACUUGAUUACAUACUUCCGCGAAGUUUCCACGUCCUACGAACACCGUGCCAAGGCUUUGCUCAAGGUUUCCAACGUUAUCAAUAACACCAACGCACCCUCUGUGUUUAUGACCGAAGGAGGUCUGAAUGAUGCAAACCGCAUUUUGCGAGACUUCCACAAGCAGUCGGUGGUUGAAGCCAAUAAAGCCCGAGAUAUUGAGAGUGAAGUGAUCAAUCAGCUGAGCGGGCUCAGGGCCGACUUGGGCCAGAAGAUAAAAGAGAUUAAGUCACUAUCCGGUGAUUUCAAGAAUUCUGUCGAGAAGGAGAAGGAGACCACGAGGAAGUGUGUUACGGCUCUUGAGGAAGCUCUAUCGUUGGUCGACGCAGAUCCUUCGGCUGUUGCAGGGAAAGGUGAUCCAUAUGUGGUCCGUCUAGGUGUCGACAGGCAAGUCGAAAGGCAAAUCGAUGAGGAAAACUACCUGCACAGGGCGUACCUCAAUCUGGAAAACUCCGGCAGAGAGUUGGAGUCGAUUGUUGUUGGCGAAAUCCAGAAAGCUUACAAUGCUUUGGCAUCCAUCUUAAAGCGUGACGCCGACGAAAUCUAUUCGACGAUUGACAAGCUUCGCAACGGACCGAUUGGAAUGCCGCGAGAUCUUGAGUGGAAUCAAUUCGUGACCAAGGACCCUCACUUUGUUAACCCCAACAUUCCGUUGAGAAGGUUGGAGGAAAUUGAGUAUCCAGGCAAGCACCACCCUGCAACAACGGAGGUAAGGGCGGGUAUGCUUGAGAGGAAGAGCAAAUAUUUGAAAAGCUAUACCCCAGGAUGGUAUGUUCUUUCACCAACACACCUCCAUGAGUUUAAAUCCGCAGAUCGCAUCUACACUCAACCUCCUAUCAUGUCUCUGUAUCUCCCGGACCAGAAGCUUGGGUCGCAUUCCCAGCCCGGAAGCUCAUCUCACAAGUUCGUCCUGAAAGGGAGACAAACUGGAUCGAUGCAUCGUGGCCACACCUGGGUUUUCCGGGCCGAGAGUUACGACACCAUGCUGGCUUGGUAUGACGACGUCAAGAACUUGACGGAGAAGAGUGGAGAAGAGCGAAAUGCAUUCGUUCGGCGACACACUAGAAGUGUCAGCCAAGGCAGCGCACGUUCUGUGAGUAGUGACGGCGGCUUAGAGGAGGAUGAGGCAGAUGAAGUUCCAUACUCUGCGAAUCAUUCAAUAAACCAGGCCGUGAGGGACGAGAUUCCGCAGCGACCAUCACCAGGUGGGCGAUUUCCAAGCGAUCUUCAGGUCAACCAUAGCUUAAUCCCUCCGCCUUCUAGUGGUAGCUCGGACGUCGGUAAUGAUUUAACGACCGCAUCCAGUGGCUUGCAAGGCACAUACCCAUAUGCUGCCCUUCAGAGCCCGUAUGAACCUGUUCAGCUCCCUCAGCAUAGCGAAGAACCAGCCGCCGCUCAGAAUGUCUACGCAUAUGACCAAAACACUCAUAAUCCGUAUCAACAACCUCCCAUAGAAACGCACCAAUCACCAUACUACCCGAACCCUACCCAACCCGCACCCCAGUCUAUUCAUACCGGGGCGUCUCCGCAGCAAUCUUAUGACCCAAGUCCGCCGCAUCAAUCAUAUGUUCCGAAUCCUCAAGACGAGCCAUCAUACCCUCCUCCGAACCCAACUAUUCAGCGGCAUGAGAGUAAUUAUGGCGAUUGGAUGGCACCAGCAGUAGGCGGAGUAGCCGCAGGGGCUUUAGGUGCUGAAGCUUAUCGCCGCCGGCAGCUAUCUCAAGAGCAAGAACUGAGACCGGAGCAGUAUCCUCUCAACGAGAGCUCGCAAGACGUUCCUAAUAGCGAUCCAACAGCGAUCCUAAAAUAUGCUCCCAUUAAUGUAGAGCCUGUUAGCCCAGUCUCUACCGUCCCCACCUCUGCUGCGAAUGAGUCUUUUUUAGACGAAGCUGAGGCAGUUCCCGUCGCUGCCUCACCCAAACCUUCAAAUGGCGGGCACAUCUUUCCGCCCAUAAUGAGACACAAUACUGAUGUUAGUGUCAGUGAUUUACAUAUUCCGGGGCAGUAUCCGAAGACUCCCAAUGCGUAGAAUCUAGCUUUGGUUUCUUUGUCUUAGUCUUGGUUUGAUGGAUAUUGUUACUUAUAUAUGUCUACACGUUACGAAGGGUUGUGAAACGGGCUAGGUUGGGGCUUCUGGGCUUUCAGGGUACGGUCGUUCAGAGCAUAUGCAUGUGUUUUGAUGGGUUU